CGGCGGGGCGGGCACUGCCGGGAGCGGCGCGGGGAGGCGGGGAGCUGGUCGGUAGCGAUGUGGAUGUCGCUCGGUGCCGUGAGGGAGCCGGCCGGCCCCAGGGCAGCCAGGGGCCGCUUCUGGGCUGUCGUCUUGGGAGCAGCGGCGGGGCUCUUCCUCCUCGGGUUCCUCAUCGGCUGGUUUUCAAAACCUACAGAACAGAAGACAUCUGUGAGUCCUCAUGAGGACAUGAAGGCUGCAUUUAUGGCUGAAAUGAAAGCUGAAAACAUCAAGCAGUUUCUUUACAAUUUUACACGGCUUCCUCACCUAGCAGGAACAAAGGAGAAUCUGCAUCUGGCACAGCAAGUCCAAGCUGAGUGGAAGGAGUUUGGUUUGGAUUCUGUUCAGUUGGUUCAUUAUGAUGUCUUGCUUUCGUACCCUGAUGACACUAAGCCCAACUACAUCUCAAUAAUUGAUGAGCAUGGAAAUGAGAUUUUCAACACAUCAUUAUCUGAGCCUCCUCCUCCAGGAUAUGAGGCUGUUAGAGGUGUGGUGCCACCCUACAGUGCAUUUUCAGCCCAAGGAAUGCCUGAGGGUGAGUUAGUGUACGUGAAUUAUGGCCGCACCGAGGACUUCUUUAAGCUAGAACGUGAAAUGGGAAUUAACUGUACAGGGAAGAUUGUUAUUGCCAGAUAUGGGAAGAUCUUCAGAGGAAAUAAGGUGAAGAAUGCUGAACUGGCAGGUGCCAAGGGAGUUAUCUUGUACUCUGACCCUGCUGACUACUGCGCCCCAGGAGCAGAUCCCUAUCCAAAUGGCUGGAACCUUCCAGGUGGAGGAGCUCAGCGUGGAAAUGUAUUGAACCUGAAUGGUGCAGGGGAUCCUCUGACGCCAGGUUAUCCUGCAAAAGAAUACACCUACCGAUUAGACAAAGCCAGUGGUGUAGGUCUCCCAAAAAUUCCAGUUCAUCCCAUUGGCUAUCAUGAUGCCGAGUCACUCCUGCGUAAUAUGGGAGGAUAUGCACCACCACAUAGUAGCUGGAAAGGAAAUUUGAAUGUAUCUUACAACGUUGGUCCUGGUUUCACAACAGAUUAUUCUACAAGAAAGGUGAAGAUGCACGUUCGCAGCCACAACGAAAUAACAAGGAUUUACAAUGUGAUUGGUACCAUCAGAGGCACAGUGGAACCAGACAGAUAUGUCAUCCUGGGAGGCCACCGCGACUCGUGGGUAUUUGGUGGCAUUGAUCCUCAGAGUGGGGCAGCUGUGGUUCACGAGAUUGUGAGGAGCUUUGGAAAACUGAAAAGGAAAGGAUGGAGGCCAAGGAGAACAGUGAUAUUUGCAAGCUGGGAUGCAGAGGAAUUUGGUUUGUUAGGAUCGACAGAGUGGGCUGAGGAAAAUGCCAAAGUAUUGCAAACACGAGGAGUGGCUUAUAUCAAUGCAGAUUCCUCCAUCGAAGGAAACUACACACUACGAGUGGAUUGCACACCACUGAUGUACAGACUGGUGUACAGUCUGACUAAAGAGAUACCAAGUCCUGAUGAGGGGUUUGAAGGAAAAUCUCUUUAUGAGAGCUGGUAUGAAAAAAAUCCAUCAAGAGAAUACAAAGAGGUCCCCAGAAUAAAUAAACUGGGUUCUGGCAAUGACUUUGAAGUCUUUUUCCAACGUCUUGGCAUUGCUUCGGGCAGAGCACGUUACAGUAAAAAUUGGAAUGUAGAAAAAUAUAGCAGCUAUCCAGUUUACCACAGUGUCUAUGAAACCUAUGAAAUUGUGGAGAGGUUUUAUGAUCCCACUUUCAAGAAUCAUCUGACAGUAGCUCAGGUACGGGGAGGGCUGGUGUUUGAAUUGGCCAGCUCCGUUGUGCUUCCUUUCGACUGUAGAGAUUAUGCAUCAGCUGUGAGCAACUAUGCUCACAUCAUCUAUAAUUUGUCAAGAAAUCAUGAAGAGGAACUGGCAACAUACAAUGUAUCCUUUGAUGCUCUCUUUUCAGCCGUGAAGAAUUUUACAGAAGUUGCUGCUAGCUUUCAUGAAAGGCUGCAACAAAUAGAUUUCAACAACCUAAUUGCUGUCAGAUCACUAAAUGAUCAGCUCAUGUUUCUAGAAAGGGCUUUCAUCGAUCCUCUUGGAUUACCUGGCAGGCCAUUCUAUAGACAUAUUAUCUUUGCUCCAAGUAGCCAUAACAAGUAUGCAGGAGAAUCAUUCCCAGGGAUCUAUGAUGCCAUGUUUGACAUUAAAACCAAAGCUGAUCAACGUGAAGCCUGGGAAGAAGUCAAGAGGCAGAUUUCCAUUGCAGCCUUCACGGUGCAGGCCGCAGCAGAAACACUGAAAGAAGUAGCAUAAAUAGCAACAACAUGAUCAUCAACAAAGAGUAUGACAGUUUGCAGGAGCCUUAGAAAUGGAGCAUUUAAAAACACUAGGAGGAUUAUUACAAAGAAAACAAAAUUUAUAAAGAGGGGUUUUUUGCAAAUAAUAUACCCAAGUGGAACGCAUUGAGCAAUAUUAACAAGGUAAUGUACUCUGUUCCGAGAGCUCAGGCUUUAGAUAACUUCUGAAGUGAGAGUAAAAAAGUUUCAUGUUUUAACUCAGCUUUGUAUUUUAAGAAUUGUUAACCACUGGAUUUAUUUUCAGAGCUUUGAAUUUUUUAGCUUGAUGAUUAUAGCACUACUCAUAGUGCAUUGGGAAACCAGAAGUCAUUUCCUGUUUCUAUUAGUUUCUAAUUUUGUUGUUGACCUUUUAUUACCUACCUUGGUGUUGCAUAAUUAUACUCCAAGGUAGCCCUUUCAGCUCUCCUUUUACACAGAGAAUCACAUAUGAAGGCGGGAAAACUGUCACAUACUGUGUGAUGGAUGUAUAAUGAUCAUAACAAGUUUUGGGCAGCCAGCCCAGAAUACUCAUCCACGACGUUCUUCUCCUCACAGGCUGAGUCUUGCAGCUGUUUGCAAAUAAAAUUAAGCAAGAAGCCUUCUAGUCACCCAAGUAAAAACAAGGCAAUAUAUCUUGUCAGACAUACAAUCAUCUCACAAAGCAUGUCUUUGAGAUGAAGACCUAUUUUUAUUCUUUUAUCCAAAAUCUAUCCCUGCCAUGCCUCGUCCAUAUCAAGGUAUUUUUAAUAUGAAGACAAUUAGAAGCAAAGAAAAUUCAUCAUGUCCUUGAUUUAAAAGGAUACCAAAUUAUUACCAUCUUAGUAGAGUCUGUACUUCUGACUUUGGUGUGCAGCUUCCUCUUAUGACAGUCUGCUCAGAAGACUACAAUGGGACAACCGAGGUCAGACAGAGAAAAUCAGAUGCCUUCUUCGGACACGCUGCCGCUAGAGGAUUACUAACCUCUUGCACAGCAAAUACUUUGUGAAAUUUGGUCUGCCAUUUCAGCUAAGGCCUCCACCAUGUCUUAGAAGGCAGGCUGUGAUCUGAUGGAUUUCAGUGUCAUGGUAGGUUUUUUUUUUUCCAUAAGACCUCAUUUAUUCAUAAGGAUUUCUACUCUUCACAUUAAAGCCCUCUAGGCAAGUUGCUGUAAUUAAGUCAUUAUUUUAAUUAGCUGUUGAUCUUUCUCAUAAAAUAAUCCAGUUUCCCAGAUAAUGGGAAAUGCUUUUAGAGUUAUUGCUCAGUUAUUUUCACACUUUUGUGAACCAUGGAGAUGUGUCCUCCCCCAAAUCUAGUUGUGCUGAUGGGAGACAUUGCUGGCUGCUCCACUGCUCCUUUUGCCAAUGGAGGAUCCACCUCUGAAAAAAUUGGUCAGGUUAGUUUAGAUCAUCAGUUAGGCUAACCUAGAGGAUUUCGUCUGCGGCAAUCAAGGGAAUGAUAACACAAAUCCGCCAUGCAGAGGGGGGCAGCAAUAGACUGUUUCUGUUGACCAAGUGGAUACACAAAGUAUUUUUCUGUUGCUAAGGAGGCUGUAUCCAGAACUGAAGCACCAAACUCCAAAAUUGUUGAGAUCUUUCCCUAAAUGACCUGUAAGCUUCCUCAGCAAGUUUUUCUCUCAUCCUAGAAGACAUAAUUUUUUAAUUUCUGGUCUAACCAUAGCAUUGUUUUAUUGAAGUUUAAUUAGGGCCCUUUUUGGCAGUAGCUGAUAGAUAAUAUACAACGUCAGGGCCCAGGAUCUCACAAAAUACACUCGUAAACUACAGCAACAUCGAUUUAAAAAGAAAUCUGUGGCCUGUCCCUGAACCACUGCAAGGAAUAGGAUAUAGGGACAGCAGUUCUCUCUCUCCUAUUGACUCUGUUCCCCUGUGCACAAAAAAUUCAAGGCUAACUGUCCCAGAGAGAGGAAGCACCUGUAAGGCUGAUUGUAACACAACAGUUUGUGAUAUUUUGAUAAGGUGGGAUUCAAACUGUCCAGUACCUUCUCCCAGAUUUGGGUCUGCUUUUUGAGCCAUCUUUGUUCAGUGCAAACCACAAUCUGUAGCAGUUGAAUUUUAAAAGCAAAUGGAGCUUUACUUAAUUUUUGAGAGAAGAUGAUCCUCAGAUGGACUCAGUCCAGGUCUUUCCCCAAGCCCUAACCCAGACAUUUAUCAAACAGAUUUGAGGUCAAAGACAUUACGCCCCAUGCUGUCGGUGGGGGUGUUUCCCCACUCACUUGUAAGCACGAAGCUUUUCUGAUCUCCAUUCUGAGAAGCCUAAUGCUGGUGCUGACUUCUCUUGAGACAGCCAAUGUGAUUCUUAUCCUUAGCUUAUCCAGCAUCACCUUGGAUGUUACUGACUCCACUACAGAAAACCAACACAAUUUAUAAAAUUGUUGCAGCAAGCCAGCACUCAUUCUGUUUUUCCUCAAUAUACUGGGCUGCAACUUGUGCCUGUUCAACAACUUCUUCAAGAGCUGCUAAGACAUCUGUGUCUGUAUCUGGGACUUGCUGAGAGGGAAAGACAGACAGCAGGUGGCAAUAAUGACAGCAUGACAGGUAUUCUGUGGCAAGCUGUCUGCACUUGAAAGUGUAAACCUCAGACUCCUUCAUUUCUGUGAGGAAGGAAGCACAGGUGUCUAGUUCUGCAAGCCCUAAUUUAGACAUGGCAGCAUCUAGAAUUUAGACAUAUUGUGACCCAUUCUGAAGUUCUUGAUCAGUUUUUAAAUUUAAAAUAAAGAUACUUUUUAGUCUUCAUGAACUUCUACAAAAAGUCUGAUAAUAUCAUUCUUUUCCCAAAAUCAUUUCUUAUUGUCAGUCUUCUAUGCCACUGCACCCUUCAGUUCCUCAAAGACCAUUCCAGGCAGAAGUGGCUGGUGUCAUUACUGGACAGCAAAGGGCAAAGCCUAUGGAGCGAAUUACUGAAGCUACAUGAUUUGUAGUCAGCUGUACAAGCCAUAUGUCAAAACAUAUGCAUGGAUGCAUAUGCAACUGUCCAUAUCCUGUAUGUGUCACUAGAAUUAUGGGUUAUAAGCAAAAAGCAAAAAAUGAAAGAAUAGUUAUGUAUGCACUGAGAAAUGUCUAUUCCCGUGACUCAUACACUAGGAUGAUACAAAGAAGCAAGGGUCAUGUUUCACAUUUAUGAACAAAACCAGGCCAACUAACAUGUACCAGCAGAUGAAGACAUCUAGUUCCUACCAGACAAGUGGGAACAAUGUUAAAUAAAUAAUAUGCAUUAAAAGCACUGUCUGUUCAUACGUUCUUGCAAACUUUGUAGCUGCACUGAGAAACGUUUCCAGCCCAUUGAUUCUUAGAGUUCGAAAAGCAGUCUGAACUAGCCACAUGAGCAAGGAGGUAUAUGCUCUGAAACAGUCUACUAAGGAAAGGCAGACAAUGAGGGGCCAGAUACAGGAAUAACUGUUUUUUAAGCAUCUGUGAUUUUUGUUAGAUCUGCCAGGGUAUCUCAGGGACACAGCUAUUAGCUAACUCAAGCCCUGAGUGUGAAAUCCUUUCUUAUACAAGAAGUCAAGAUAAGAUUGGUGUGCUAAUUCUCCUUCAGCGAAGUAUAACGUCAAACAACGUAAAAAACUUUUUUUUUUUUGGACUUUUACAGUGAGUUGAAAUUCACUCUUAACACUGCCAAGUGCUGUUGACCAGAUGAGCUGUUUUGGCUCUCAAGCUUUGGGAUUAUUCCAUAGGAAUUGGCCAACAAAGACUGUUGAAUUAAGUGGAAAAAAAAUGUUAACGGGAACAGAAACCAAGAUCAACUAAGUAUGUUGGAUUUACAGUUUAUUGAUCAUGUAACAUGAGCCAGUUGUUCAUGUAACUACAGAUGUGUUCAGCUAGAGAGGGCCAUUAGCAGAGUUGUUUACUAUAAUCAACUUUCAGUUCUUUUAUUUUCUAAAUAUGCUGUAAUUAAUACUUGGAAGAACUAAGAUCCUAAUUCCAGACAGCUCCUUGCAAACGUUCAUUUGGCUUUGACAGUUACUGCAGACAAGCUCACCGAGCCAUUGGUUUAUGUACUGCAGCAGAUGAGUUAAUUACAAGACAAGAGCUUUAGAAUUAUUUAGUAAGCAAGGGGAGGGACCUGACUGGCACACUGGCACUGCUUAGAGCAUCCUUUCCAAUUUGAGCAAUUACAUUAAAGAAUCUGGAGGUGAAAUGAGAAACAAACAGUAUUUUUUGAAGAAAGUACUUUCUAUAAUAUGAUCACAAAUUCAUACAAUGACCAUCCUAUGCACUAAGAGUCUAAAUCAAAUGAAAUUAAAGCAUACCCAUACGUGGUAGAGGUAGAAAUUAUACUUGUAUUAAAAUGAACCCUUGCCAUGAUGAAACCAGCAAUGUCAAUGUUACUUUGGCUGGAAAGUGUGUUGACCUGGCAGUGUAGUUUCUAAAUUAAGAUGCUGUUGACAGCUCUCCAGGGGUUGAUUUAGCUGAGACAGAGCAAUCGCUUGUAGUCAGCAUCUUUAGGAUGAGACCUGUGCUCAUCUCUGCUUAUAUGAGCAGUUUGAGAUGUGCUGCUGGACUACAGACAGCACCGUGGUAGAGCAGAGCAGCCAACUCUCACAGCUGGAGUCAGUAAAUCAUAUUCUUUCACUUGAUGGCGAGCAGCUCCCCAGGGCAGGGGAUUGUAAUGAAUGGAAGAACAUCACACAAUCAUAAGAUCAUAGGGUUGGAAGAGAACUCAGGAGGUCUCUAGUCCAAACUCCUGCUCAAAGCAGGGUGAGCUCCAAGGUCAGCCCAGGUUGCAGUGUUUUAUCAGUUCCAAGCUUGAAAAUCUCCAGGGCUGGAGACCACGUAACCUCUCUGUUAACAUAUUGCAGUGCUUCGCUGCCCUCAUGAUGGAAAAGCUUUUCCUUAUAUCCAGGCAGAACCUCUUGCUUCAGUUUAUGACUGUUGUUUCUCAUCCUCCCGUCAUGCACCACUGAAGAGGCUGGCUGAGUCUCUUGAGAAACAACUUGUACAUGCUGGAAGAUACCAUUUGGUUUGUGUUCGAUGCACAGUCCUUUGCUCUCUCUGCCUCACUGGGUACAUUCCUCUUGUAGAAGAAAGGGUCAAAGUUUGCAAGUUGAACUUGACAGCUGCCAGCAAUGUAAACUUUAUUUUAGCUGGAAUCUGAUAAUGGACUCCUGAAGUUCAAGAUAACAGAGACUCUGACUUAAAGCAUCAAAACCUACCACCCUUUUAAUCUGCUAGUCAGAUAGACUGCAGAGGCCAUGAGAGAAUUCUGAGGGACUGUGCAGCUGGCAGAGUCAGAAGGAAACUACUGAUUUGAAAUUGUGGUUGAGCCUUUCUUCCUGCAGGAGCUGCCUUUCCCAUGAACCAGGGCCCUUUGAGCUCUCAGGCCACAAGUUCAACCUCUAGUCAAAUAGGCCACAGAGCACAACAGUAGCAUAGCCUUCUUGCUGCAGAUAUUAGCCUUUGGGACCCCGUUGCUGAGCAGCUAUAAGCUACAAUUUACAAGCCCUGGCAUUUAUUUUGUGUAUUAUGUAUUUGUAUGUACUGUUGAUGGUUUUUCUAAUUGGCUGCUUAGCAUAAUUAUGCAUUCAACAAAAAAAUGCAUGCUAGCUUUCCAUUUGGCAUGUGUAUCUUUGCCAUUUUUGGAGCUUUUCUAGUUUACCAAGGAUUUUUUUUUUUUACUAGGUAGAAUAUAUGUAACUGUCUGCAAUAAUGCUAGCUUCAGCUGAACCUCACUCUUGUUCUCGCUCUCAACAUGUGCAAUUCUGACCACUCCUGAGAUCAAUAUGAGGCCUAUGCAGUAACUGAUAGUUUUGCUAGUUUUAAAAGUGGUAUUAAUUUGAAGAAGUACUGUGUGUUCAGGAUUUUGUCUGUGUUUUGGACCUUUUUUCAGUUUUGUCACCUGGGCUGAGAAAAUAAAUGUCUUUUCCUGGUAAUCUUUUCA